UGAGCUAGACUACCAGAUCUUCAGUGAAACUACCAUACUCCCCCUCUAAAGUGUAUAUAAUCUCUGAGUACAUUCCUCGCUACCUGCAUUCCUUGCUGCUUGUACUCUGUCAUGUUGUAUAGAUCAGCAUUUAGACAUGUUGCUAAACAGCUCAUAUCAGCCCGUUUCCCUGCCAUCUCCUCCUCCCCUCCUCUCCUCUCCUCCUCCCUUUCCUCCUCCGUCUCGAGUGGGAGGGGUAGACAACGAGGAGAUCUAGCGAAAUGUGAACGUAUAAUAGUGAAACUAGGCAGUGCAGUUGUCACCAGAGAGAACAAGGACGGGCUUGCACUAGGGAGGCUAGCCAGUGUUAUCGAGCAGAUAUCUGAGCUUCAUUACCAGGGUAAACAAGUAAUUCUGGUGUCCUCUGGAGCUGUAGCGUUUGGGAGACAGCGUCUAAUGAACCAGCUGUUGAUGGGACAAAGUGUAAAACAAACUUUACGAGACAUCAACAAACACCAGCUGGUGAUCAACCCGCGCGCGUGCGCAGGCGCCGGACAGAGCGGACUUAUGAGCCUUUAUGAGGCUAUGUUCGCUCAGUAUGGCAUUCCUUGUGCUCAGGUACUGAUCACAAAGCCGGAUUUCACUCAACCGGAGAGCAGAAAAAUGCUUCAAAACACCCUCAAUGACUUACUCUCUAUGAACAUUGUUCCUAUUCUCAAUGAAAAUGAUGUUGUAGGAAAUGACUCUGACUCAACAAAAUAUGGUCGAAUCAAU